CAACACCGACAACACCGACAACCAUUGGAAUUAUGCCCGCCGAGAAACGCAAGCAGCCCUCUUCUUUCGCCAAAACCUCCAAGAAGGCCAAGCCCGCCGUCAACGAUGACGUCCCGGAGCACAUGAUCGCACUCUACCAAGUCCACACCCGUACUGAACCCGCAUCCCUCCCUCAACAAACCGAAGACGACGAAGAUGACCAGACGACAACCCAAGAACCCGCACCCCCAAAGGCCUACAAAAGUCUGAAAAAAGCAAACUUCGUCGCCUCGAAUUUCGCACGUUCAUUCUUUAAAAAGUCAAACAUCGAGAUCUCUCCAAAAGAAAUCAAAUCUACCUCCGAGAAUGGGUUGGUUCGGGUCCGGAUCGAGCAUUUAACCGAGGAUGGAGAUGAGUUGCUCGCGGAGGCUUGGGUUGAAAGAAAGUUGAGGCCGAAGACGCAGGAGGAGCUCGAAGGCAAGACUGAAGAAGAAGAGGAGGAGGAGGAGGAGAAAGAUACGACGGCACCGGCGAAGCGCAAGAUCGGGGAGUUGUAUAUGAUUCACACCAGAGUCAAUGGAAAGGAAGUCACUGGCGCCGGGUUCACGAAGAUCAAGAAGGCCAACGCCCGUGCAAGAAAGUUUGUCAGAGAGGCCGUGGGAACGUCAGAUGGAGACGUAUCACAAAUAGAGGAGCGGAUGUCGGGUGGGGGUGUCGAAGUUUGGUGUGGAGACAACAUCAAGGCUUGGGUUGUACUGGAGCAGCGCAACCAGCAGUGAGGGUAGCAGUGAAGAGCACAAUGUCCCAUGAUAUACCCGGAGAAUGGACAUCGCGAACUGAGGCGAACAGUUGAAACACGAACCAAGUGAUAUAUUCAUCUACAAUAUGGUAUACUUAUCGUACAACAACAACUUUACCCCAGCACGAACCCGUUUAGCAA